UGGUAUUCCUCGACGUCUCUGUACUCCCUAGAUAACGCAAACCACCUCUGCCUCGUCCUCGGGUCGUUCAGGGCAUGAUGAUGUCCGGUCUUGUCACCAUAGACACGCAGCAGGAAUUUCAGGACAUUAAAAAUUACCUUAACGAAGAUUUGGCACAGACACGCGAGCUCUCGUGGACUGUCGUCUUAUAUUCCGCUUCGUGGUGCACAAUAUGCACCAAAUUUAACCCUAUUCUUGAGGAGAUUACCAAGACUGCGGAGUUCCGAGAUGUUCGAUUUCGCCGCGUCGAUAUAGACUUGAAGGAGCCCCAAUCGGAGUGGAAGGAGAUAGAAAGUGUUGUCCCUCAAUUACGCAUAUUCUUUGCUGGAAGAAGAGUCAGCGAGCACAAAGGUUUUCUUGAUAAAGACUCCUUACAGGCAUGGCUUCGCAGCGCUAUCGGGCAGGAUAGAGAACAUUCUGCGGGUACGGUUACGACGGAAACUCAGCCUGUGGCUGCAAAACGCCCUGCACCUUUAGAAUCGGGUACUGCUGCCUUGUUCAUGUGCACCGGAAAGUUCGAGGACAGGCGAAAACGAUCCCUGCCGUUUACGAAGAACCGCAAAGCGUUUUCAGACUUGGAGCCGGGGUGCGUAUUCCGCCCAACGGAGGAUGACCACGGCAUCCUCAUCGGUCGUGCCAACGAAGACACCUCGUACUUCGAUAUUAUCCUCUGGACUGACCCCGAGGAGAGCCCUGGGCGGGUGUACUUCAGCAUAGACUUCAUGCCAGACCCCUUGCGCAGGGCACGGUUUGAGUCUGCGAUGUUCGCGGUCGCCUUUGGCGAGGACUCGAGGGAGGAUCGUCGCCCACCGUUGACAAUCCGCGAUCUAUUUCCCAUUGACGCCGAGGACAUGGCCCGGAGGCCCCUGCGUCCGCACUUGCUUGACGAACAGGUCGACGAACCGGAGCCGAUGAACGACGCCCCGAGUUUCGUGUCCUCCUUAGACGAACGUACCAGCGGAACCUGGACCUCGACCGUCAUCCGAGGUCAGGGUAUCCAUAGCCCUACGGCGGUUUGGAAUCUCUGUGUCGACGACGCUUCUUCUGUACGUCCAGGGGGGCUUGAUGCGCACUACAACAUGUACGUCACGUUGCCCACCACCAGCCGCGUAUGGAUGAAGUUCUGGGGAAAGGCGGUGUUGGUUAGAGGCGAGGACUCAGCACUUCCGCUCAAACAUCGAGCGACGUUGAAAAUCGGCACACUAGAGAAACCGUUCGAGAGGGUGUUAGACUUGAGCGAGGUGUUGAAGGGGAGUAGAGACUCGCAAUAGGACGAACUUACCUCUUUCAGUUUUGAGCUCCUUCUAUCUUAACGUCGCAAAAUAGUACUGCAAGUGAGCAAUGAUGUUAUUGCUUUUCCGGAACUAUAAUUUUUAUUACAAUUCAUCGUUCGCCAUAGGCUUGACGCUUACG